UGCCUCCUACUUCCCCCACCACCCCACACGCAGGGGCUGGGAGGGGCCUGGUGCCGUUGGUCGCCAUACUGCGAUCGGCCGGAGUUUCGGGCGCUGUGGGGUGCCUGUGGCUAAGUUAUCAGAAUGAAUGACAAACCUAUCUGGGAGCAGAUUGGAAGUGGCUUUGUUAAUCAUUACUAUCAAGUUUUUGAUGCAGACCGGGGCCAACUAGGAUCAUUAUAUAUUGAUGCAUCAUGUCUAAGUUGGGAAGGACAGCAGUUCCAAGGUAAAACUGCUAUUGUGGACAAACUACUUGCCCUUCCGUUUCGAAAAAUACAACACAGCAUAACUGCACAAGACCACCAACCCACCCCAGAUAGCUGCAUCCUGAGUAUGGUAGUGGGCCAACUUCAGGCUGAUGAAGACCCAGUCAUGGGAUUUCACCAGAUAUUUCUACUGAAAAAUAUCAACGAUUCUUGGAUCUGCACCAAUGAUGUCUUCAGGCUAGCACUGCAUAACUAUGGCUGAGACUUCUGCCUCAAGCAGAUCCCUACAUCCACUCUUUUAAUCUGCUAUUAAUCACAAUAACUAGAUUCCAAAUAUCAUACACAAGUGUGUACACAAAGUAAAAUCUGCAACCUGUGUAGUAUUGAAUCAGUUUGCUUGAAUUUAGCUAUUUGUGCAUGAUGUUUGGAAUGAUGUUACUUUAGCUGACAUGGGCAAGACAGUACUCCAGUGUGUGUUGUACCAGCAUGCCUUAGAAGAUAAGUCAUCUUACACUUUUUUUUCUGAUGUGUACUGGUAAGUUGCUAUAGCAAUCCAAAGAAUUGAAAUAAAUAAGAGCAACUGACUGUCUAACUUUUUGAUCUGUUCAUAACUUUUGUUGACUCAUGAUACAAUAAACCAUGUACUUUUCUUAA